UCUUCUCUUCCUCGUCCAAUCAGAUCGACUGUUCCAUAGCCUUGCGGUGUCUUUCUUGCCACAGGUAGUGCCGUUGCCACCACAGGGCUCACGUAAAUGCCUGUAGCUUCGCCGGUCACUCCUGUUGUUGCACGGCUGGCUCCCACGGCGUGCCCUCCGAUCUCCUUCUUGACGUCGCUCUCUUCCCCAUCUCCGGAGUCCGCGGCUUACGGCUUCAGGGGUGAUACCACCACCUGAACAAUAUCCAUAAGGAGGUAAUGGCUUCUUCAGAUUCAACAAGCACCCUUCCAAAGGAAAAGCCUUUUGGAAACUAUAGCGACCACAAAGAUAGAAUGAUUUCUCCAGUUACUGAGGAUGGUUCAGUGGACCGAAUGGGGAAACCAGCAGUCAAAGCAAGAACUGGAAACUGGACAUCAGCAGUCCUCUUACUAGUUAAUUAUGGCCUCGUAACCUUUGCAUUCUUUGGCGUUGGUGUGAAUCUUGUUCUGUUCUUGACGAGAGUUCUACAGCAAGACAAUGCUGAUGCGGCAAACAAUGUGAGCAAAUGGACGGGCACGGUAUACAUAUUUUCACUGAUAGGGGCAUUCAUGAGCGACUCUUACUGGGGCCGCUACUUGACUUGCUCUGUCUUCCAGAUGAUCUAUGUGAUGGGUUUAAUGCUUUUGUCGCUGGCAUCAUGGCUUUUUCUGGUUAAGCCAUCGGGCUGUGGGGAUGGCCAACUAAAGUGCAACACGCCAUCAACCCUGGGAACUGUGCUCUUUUACAUAUCGAUCUACUUCAUCGCCUUUGGAAAUGGAGGAUACCAGCCAUCCAUUGCUACAUUUGGAUCAGACCAGUUUGACGAAAUGGAUCCCGUCGAAAGGCAUUCCAAGAUAGCCUUCUUCAGUUAUUUCUACUUGGCUCUAAAUGUCGGCUCUCUCUUCUCCAACAGCAUCUUAGUCUACUACGAAGAUUCUGGUAAAUGGGUACUUGGCUUUUGGAUUUCGGCUGGUGCAGCUGCUGCUGCCCUUCUGCUCUUCCUAGUUGGGACUCGACGUUACAGACAUUUCAAUCCUUCUGGGAAUCCAUUGACGAGGAUCAUCCAGGUCUUUGUUGCUGCUACACGCAAAUGGACUGUUGAUGUCCCAAGUAACUCGGACAUGCUCUAUGAAGUCCAGGGAAAGGAGUCCGCAAUCGUUGGAAGCAGGAAGAUCCUUCAUAGCGAGGAUUUCAGGUUCCUCGACAAGGCUGCAGUUCCAACUGGUGAAGACAUGCAUGUGCAGGCCAUAAAGAAUGACCCAUGGCAACUGUGCACAGUGACUCAAGUGGAAGAGGUGAAAUGCGUGCUGAAGAUGCUCCCCAUAUGGCUUUGCACCAUCAUCUACUCGGUGGUGUUCACCCAAAUGGCCUCUAUUUUCGUGGAGCAAGGCGCCACAAUGAACACUAACGUUGCGGCGUUCCGCAUCCCAGCCGCGAGCAUGUCGGUGUUCGACAUCCUUAGCGUCAUAAUCUUCAUCUUUAUCUACCGGAAUCUGCUGGUUCCCGUGAUGGCCAGGAUUUCAAAGGAACCCAAGGGAAUCAGCGAGCUCCAGCGGAUGGGGGUGGGAUUGGUCAUCGGGAUGCUGGCCAUGAUCGUCGCUGGAGUGGUGGAGGUGGAGAGGCUCAAGCGAGUGGUUGUACCUGAUGAGCCAAGCUCGCUCAGUAUCUUCUGGCAGAUCCCUCAGUACGCGCUGAUAGGGGCUUCUGAGGUGUUCAUGUACGUCGGGCAGCUGGAGUUCUUCAAUGCCCAAGCACCGGAUGGGAUAAAGAGCUUCGGGAGCUCCCUCUGCAUGGCCUCCAUCUCGCUUGGGAACUACGUCAGCAUCAUGCUGGUUAACAUCGUCACCAGCGUGACGUCCAAUAAAAAUAGCCCUGGGUGGAUACCGCGGAACCUUAACUCAGGCCACCUGGACAGGUUCUACUUCCUGCUUGCCGCUCUCACUCUGAUCGAUUUCAUGGCCUACUUGGUCUGCGCCAAGUGGUACAGGUGCAUCAAGCUUGACAAUGACGAUCGGCAGGAGAAUUUAGUUACCGCACUGUAGUCUAUGUCUGGUUUGGAGCUGCUGCUGUUCUCGCGAGACACAACUUGUUGUUUGCCGCUGCUCUCUACGCUUGAAUCUUUUCUUUCCCUUGUGCUACGUGGGCCUGUUGGGUUAGUACUAGUAGGUGCAUUCUUAGUG